GAAUGUUUCUAUAUUUCUUCUGAUUUACUCGCACAAAUUUUUGGCAAGAAAUUCCAGAGAUGUAUUCUCCAAGGAAUGUUUACAAAAUUAUCGUUUUCUGUUUUUCUUUUCCGAGAAUUAAUUUUUAAAACGCUAAUAUUGCAAUGAAUUUCGGAUCGAGUCAAAUUUUAGUUUUAUUUUUCAAUUACAAAAUGAUAAGAAACGACUUGACGAAAUUUAUAUUAAGAUCUAUAUACAAAUCCAAGUAUUUAAAUAAAACAUACCCAAGAAUAAUUUUACUUAGCGAUUCAAAUUAUUAAUAAUCACAAUGAUAAUAAAUUAUAAUUGCAUUUUGAAAAAAAUUAAUCUACUUCUUUGUUAGACUGCAUAAAAAAAUGCUGUUGAAAAUGUGGAUGUCCAGUGAGCAGAUGAUCGUCUGGACGCCGCUCAUACGUUUCGCUUUGAGAUUUGCAGACAUGCCAAGCUAAAUUGUCUAAAUAUUUUGGCUACUGCAGGCUCCAUCAAAACUGUUCCAUACAACUGGCUGCAGCACGUACGUCAGUUCCGCUUCGUUCGUGAAAAGCAUUGAUUGCUGUCAAGUUGUUCCGCUGUCGUGUUCCUUGUAUCCUUUUGAGUUUUUUAGAAUGUCAAAUUUCAACAGCAUCGACAGCAAAGAUAGUUGUAAGUCUUUUUGCCGAUCAAGCUUUUCGAUAAAGAUGCAAAAUAGUCUAAGGAAAAUGAGGAAAAGCAUUCAAAAAAUUACUGAGAGUAUUCAAGAAGAGGAUAAAAAUUCGAUGUACAUCCUCCCCGAGCAACUGUCAAUUCUAACUUGGCGCACUGGCUUCUCCAAAGAUGAGAUUCGCAGAUUGUAUCGCGCCUUCAAACAGUUGUGUCCCAGGGGUUGUGUGAUGAUUGGCGAUUUGAUGUACGCGUACACCAAAUUAUUCCCGCUAGGUGAUUCGGCCAGGUACGCGCAGAUCCUGUUCAAUAGUUUUGACAGGGAUGGUGAUGGUAUUGUUAGCUUCAGCGAUCUUCUUGCAACUAUGACAUUGAUUAUCAAUGGUAAUGUGGACCAAAAACUUUCCUGGAUAUUCAGGUUGUACGAUCAGAAUGGGGACGGUUGCAUCACGAGACGAGAGAUGCUAGUCAUAAUAUCCGCUAUUUAUGAGAUGGCGCAGGACGCGCAAAUUAUUCAGCACAUAGUUGAUAGCCAAGUGGAUAGAUUCUUUGAGAAGAUGGACGCGAAUAGAGAUGGUGUGGUCUCUAGAGAAGAGUUCAUGAGCGGUUGCAAAAAUGAUACUAUUAUAUACAACCAGUUAUUUUCAUUUAAUAAAAUUUGGUGA